AUGCGCAACGACCAGCAGGUCUCCUUCCGGAUCUUCUUCACGGCGAACUACAACGCGUUCAAGGCCCGGGACUACCUAGUUGUCAAGUAUGCCCAGCCGGACCAGGACGGUCUUCCGUUGACCGAUGCGAACGGCUAUGUGAAGUACUUUAAACCGGAUACGGAUCCGAAGAUUCCUGCCAACGGACUGGUGUUCGGCACGCUCCGGUAUAACCCCGCCAACGACUCAUAUGACAUCGACUGGACGCAAAGCACGGUUUCAGACGAUCCGCAGCCGUCUGACAUGCUGAUACCUGAGCCCGUCGAGAUUAGGGUGAAGAAGGCCAAGCAGAGCCGCAUCCUAAAGUCCAUCACUCCCACUGAAAAGGCGCUCUCCUCAGCCACGCUCGACUCGCGCAGCAAAACGCCCAUCACAGACGAGUCUUCCAAGACAGACGAUCAGCGCGAGGCUGAGGUCGUCGUCAUGAACGUGGCCAUCCCUGCACCCGAGUCUUAUGCCCAAGUCCGCAAGGUUCACUAUGAAGAAUCGGUGCAGACUUACGCUUCCAGAAUGGCCGACGUGCCCGACACUCCUCUUGGCACCAUUGUAUCAUGCAAUGCGCAGCUGACACCCAAUGUUGAUACGCCGCCCGAGAAGCAGAAACCAAAGGAGAAGAGGUAUAAGCUAACGCCCCGGGGCAGGGUGGUUGCUGUGCGAAGCGAUCGUCUCAACGAGCCGGCUCCGCUGUGGGUGCCAGACGGGAUCAGAACGUUGCCACUCACAUAUGAGGGAGAUGACACGGCCGAUAAUCUCUUUCUUACGCCCACAAGGGUGGUUGAUGGACAGAGGUUCACUUACUGGAACCCGUCUAUGAAGUUCUACUUAAGGAAGUAUAAUGAAGACAAUGCCAUGGGCAGCGACACUUCCUUCCCUCCGUCUCAAUCAUCGCAGGAUCCGUCGUCGUCGACAACAGAUGACCUUUCUAGUGAAAUAAUACUAGUGGCCGAUCCUACUGGGGGAGCGAUUCCGUAUUUCGAAAACGAUGAGCAAAGAAACAAGUUUAUCAAAGAUCUAAGAAAGACACCAGGCGCCUAUGCUAAGAUACAACGUGGUUUGAGUAAGAAAACAUAUGGAUCUCUUGUCCAGGCUGACUAUGACAACAGGGAGCAUAUCAGGGAGAUGUUAGAGGAGUCGUCGAUCGAGCGGGACAUCCUCAUUGACGGAAGCGUGAUACAUCUGGCAGAUGAGCCCGAUACGCCGGAUUCGACGACGCAAGACAGUAGCGAAAAUAUCGACAGCGAUAGCAGCGUCAAUGUCAACGGCGAUAGUAACAUAUCCGAGCCGCGCGGUCUGACUUCACAGUUACGUGUCGUUCACACGGCAAGCGACGUGGAAGAGAUAACGGUCGACGAUGAAGGCGGGAUGGACGAGGAUCUGGAUGAUGAUGAGACGGUAAUCGAAGAUAUAAUUGAGGAGGAAGAUGGAGAGGGUGAAGGAGUAGAAGAGAAUGGAGAUGACGACAACAAUUUCGAUGAUAUAGGCGGAAUUACUGAACCGCCUGCUCAAGAGGAUCCAGAUACUCCUAACGAUUUAGUGCCGCCUAAUAACCAAGAUCCCGUUCUCGACCCUGAACCAGUCAUACCCAUGCGUGCCCACCUGCGACCGUUCAAGAGCCACUUCGAGCCGGGCUAUGACACAGCAACCGGCGACUUCGUCUGGAAGGUCCGCCUUGGCUUCGAUGGGGCGUUCGACUCGUUCGAGGACUAUGUGCGUGUCUUUACCGAUGCGAUCUGCAAGCGCGUCCAAGAGGAAGCCUACAUGGCCAGUCAGGGUCGCAUGGUCGUCGAUCCGAAGGAGAUAAUCGAUGGCCUUGCUAUGCUGGCUCAGAAGCGGCUCUACUUUCGCUCGAAUCCGGGCUACGUCUAUUGCUACUGGGACCAUUGCUCGCCCCGCCUGCGCCGUCUUUUCCAACCGCCGCAUUACUUCCGAGACCACUAUAGCCGCCACCUCUACUGGUACCUCAUCUGCGGGACCGCAAACUGCACGGAGCUCAAGGACAACACGUUCCGCAUCCUCAUCGGCCGCCAUGCAUUCGUAGGACGCGCGGAAGAGAUAACGAUCGCCUCCCACGUCCCGAUCACGAUCCCCGGGAACUCCUUCUUCAACCCGAUGAAGAUCGAGAUCAGGGACGAGAAUGACGAGCUGUACGAGCUUGAAACGCCGUACAUCGUCGAGUGGACGUUCACGCCCCUGCGGGCGGCCUAG